AUGCCCUCAACAAAGAUAGAUAUCCCAAAUGGCCAUAGCAUGCUUAAGCCGCACAACCUCAACAUUCACGAGAACCGCCAUGAUGCUAAAUUUUACGACACCAUGGCCACAAUUAUGUCGCUGCGACAGACAUAUAUGAACGACCGAUUUAUCUUCGUGAAGGGAAAGGACAUGGUCCCAAUUCUCAAAGGCUUGGGAGCUAGGGACACUGAUUUCGAACUCCUAAAGUCAAUUAGCGACCAGACAAGCCCUGACCCGACUCUUGAUUAUCGUGCUGCAUCUCUUGGUUGCUACUGUAUUGAUUUUGAGGCAAGAGACAUUCGGCGGUUAGAGCAACAGCCAUACACGCUCACUGUUCAAGAGGACUAUAAGCGUCACGAUUCUGCAAUUCGAAGGAUCUUUGCCGAAGUCCCAACAGAUAUGCAAGAGAAUACAGUAGUACAAGCGUUGAUGAUAUUCAUGGCCUUGGUGUUCCAAGAUGUGCCUAUAACUCCGCGUGAUCAGCUGGAUUAUUCCUCACAGAGCUGGGUCUGUAUGAUAUUCAAUGGUCGAAUAGUCACCGAUAUCUCAAAAGGAAUCUUCGGCGAACCGGCUCUUGAGGGCGUUCACUCUGAUGGGAUCGGAUCACACGAUGUCAGUUCUAUUUAG